CCGUCCGAGCCGGCGGCCGCGGCGGCUGCUCCGAGGGCGAACCAACUGAAAAUGUCUCAGAAUCCUGACAAGUUAAAUUCAAGUGAAGAAAAAUUGAGUGGUUUGGAGGAUGAUCAGGAGGAGAACUUGGACAACUCGGAUCAGUCUGUCCGAAAAAGAAUACGACAGAGUGCUCCAGGGUCACACAGAGAUGAGACACCAAAGUCCAGUCCCUCUCGGCCUGUGUCAAUAGAAGAGCUCAUGGAGACAGCAAAGGGAGUCACUAACAUGGCACUGGCACAUGAAAUUGUGGUGAAUGGAGACUUCCAGAUAAAACCAGCUGAAUUGCCAGAGCACAGCUUAGAGAAGAAAGUCAGAGAUAUUGUACAUAAAGCUUUCUGGGAUUGUCUGGAAGCUCAGCUAAAGGAUGACCCUCCAACAUAUGAUCAUGCAAUUAAGCUAUUGGGAGAAAUUAAAGAGAGUCUUCUGUCUUUCUUGUUGCCUGGUCAUACUAGACUGAGAAGCCAGAUUACAGAAGUUCUUGACCUGGAUUUGAUAAAACAGGAGGCAGAGAAUGGGGCCCUUGACAUUUCUAAGUUGGUCAAAUUUGUUAUUGGGAUGAUGGGGACUCUCUGUGCUCCAGCUCGAGAUGAAGACAUUAAGAAACUGAAAGAUAUUAAUGAAAUAGUUCCUCUUUUCAGAGCAAUUUUCUCUGUAUUAGACCUAAUGAAAAUGGAUAUGGCAAACUUCGCUGUCAGUAGUAUUAGGCCAAAAUUAAUGCAGCAGUCUGCUGAAUAUGAAAGAAAGAAGUUUCAGGAGUUUCUUGAGAAACAGCCAAAUUCUUUAGACCUUGUCACAAAGUGGUUGCAAGAAGCAGCAGAUGAUCUUGCCAAGCUGGGACAUGAAAUGUUGCCUCCCCACUGUGGUGAUGGUGCUACUGGUGGAGCUUCUGCCUUGUGCUUCACUGCUGUACAAAAUCAGGCCUAUCUGAAGCUCCUGAAGUGGGAUCACAUGAACAGGCCUUUUCCAGAAACGGUGCUCAUGGACCAGACGCGCUUCCUGGAGAUGCAGCUGGAGCUGGAGCAGCUCCUGGUGGUGGGGACAGUGCUGCUGGUCACGUUCAGUGCAGCAGGCCCAGCACUCAUCGAUGUGCCUGGAUUCGCUGAGAAAAUCAAAACCAUCGUCAAGGUGCUGCUGACAGGAAUGCAUCUCCCCUCCUUUAACCUGAAGGAAUCUCUGGCCACCGUGGGUGAGAAGGUGUGUGCUGAAGUGAACAGCUGCCUUUCCCAGCAUGGCUUUACCCCAUUCUCAGCUGAGAGGGAGGCUGUGCUGAAGGGACAGAUCCAGGCGGUGGCCAGCCCAGAUAACUCCAUCUGCAAGCUCAUAGAUUCUCGAAUUCAAAAGUUUCUGGAGAAUUACCUUGCAUCCAGUCACCAGAAAUCAUUGCCUGCCAUUCCUGGAGGAUUAGGCCCUAUUCAGAGGGAGCUGGAGGAGAUUGCUGCCAAGUACAUUCGUCUUGUCAACUACAACAGAAUGGUCUUCAGCCCUUACUAUGAUGCAGUGCUUGGCAAAAUACUGACUAAGGAAGAAUCCCAAAUUGUAGGGAAGUCAGAAGAAUCAUAAAACCAGUCUGUGUGCUACCAAUACAGUAUUGUCAGCUAUUAAAUAAAACUUGUACCAAUAUUUGUCUAGGAAAACAGCUUUCCAUGUAAAUACUGGUUCCUUUUAACCCAUGAGUGGUGACUGAUGAGGGAGAUACAGGAGAUACAAAAAGGUUUCUGAGGUAAAAGAUGAAAGAUGCAUUUCUAAUAUAAUUAUGCAACCGGGGGGGGGAUAUCAUAGGAGUUUUCUGGCUGCAAUUUUUAGAUUUUUGAGCUGAUGAUAGGUGGGGCAAGUUUAAGAACCAAACUUUGUAUUUAAGUGGCUCAUUUUAGGGCAUUUAACUCUUUAAUUUACAGUGAACUUAAGUUUAAUUUAUCCAGAGCUGAUUAGCAAUGGUUCUUCCCAGAAGAGGUGAUUUGGAAUUUUAAAAAAAUCUAAAGAAUUAAUAAAGCUAAAAUUCUAAAGAACUUUGCCAAAAAAACCACCAAGCCAAGCAGCACUUUACUGUAACAUUAUGGUGAGUAUGGUAGGCUUCCUAGUUUUUUCUGUAUUUUACUGCAUUUUUAAUAGCAUUUUUUUGCUGUUUACCUGCAGAUGUUACAAAAUAUAAUAUAUUUUUGUAGCAAAAUUUCUGGUUAUUGGGUAACUGUCCUCUGCUAUGUACAGUACUCCCAGAGGUGGCAAUCUUAUAGAUUGCAGCUGUAUUUAUAUCUUGUAAAGAUUUCAGAAAGGGCAGAGCUAAAAUGUUUUGAUAAAAGUGGCAUUUCUUACCUUU